AUGUCCGAUGACACACCACGCAAGAAGCCAAUUACUACUUGGUUCAAGUUCCGGCUCCCAGAGGAUAUUUUACUGGAUCAAUCAUUAUUCCAUGCCCUGCAUCCUACCAGGGAAGAGUGGACACAUGCCUGCUACGGAAGAAUCAAGGAAUCUCCACAAGACUGUGUGCUUCUCCUGAAUUGGGACCGCACCACAUCCUGGCUUGAGUUCUCGCAGUCAGAUAGCUAUGCAGAGUUACUUUCCAGCCUCGGGUCUCACUCGGAUGUUCCAGUAGUAACUGAGGUUAUUGACUUCUCCAGAGACUACGUCACGAUCGCGCUGUCAUCUCAUACCGAGGUCAAGAGAGUCUAUUUCCCACCUUCAGUCUCGUUUGAAACCCGCAAGGCUGUAUGGGACAGAGUUCAACAUCUGGUACCUAACGCUAUCUACGGCAGAAAGUUUCAGCAUAGGUACCCGUACAUAUCACCCCCGAGCUUGGGUUGGAUUGAAGGGAAUGUGAAGUGGGAGGGGCAGGAUGCUGUAGCAUGUAUCUGGGUUCAUAAGUGGAAGAGUCAGGAAGCCGAGGAGAGAUUCAGAACCACUCAACGGUAUCCUCACAUGAAGGACGGCGAGUUUAUAAGACCUCUGACUCUUGAUGUGUUUGAGCAAGGUCUAAGGGAUCUGGGCGCUUUGGGUUGGGAGGAAUGCCACAUUAACUUUGAGACGAAGUACUAUAUCCCUUAG